CGCAUUUGUCUCUUUCGCGUCGCAGUUUCACUAUUGAAUAGUUGACCGAAAUUGUUUCUUUCAGCGCAUACCCUGAUGGCUCUAUCACUUAUGUGGACACGCAGCUAAUAACCCCCAUCGACUAAAUCAUAUGCGACUCAGCCAAAAUGACAGACUGGGCCAAACUAAAGGUUGCCGACCUUAAGGAGGAGUGCAAGGCACGCGGCAUCCCUCUCACAGGCCUCAAAUUGAAGCAACAAUAUAUCGACAAACUUGAAGAGCACGAAGCUGGUGACACGGCCCAACAAACCUUGACCGAAAAUGGCCCUGUCCACGAGGUUGACCUGAAGGUUACAUCAGCCAACGGCCACAGUGACGAGACGCAUAACGAGACGAAGGAUACCAGUGUUGACGAUGCGGAGCACGUUGAUGGAGGUAAAGAGGCCGUAGGCAAAUCUUCGAAGGUUGUGGUCGAAGAGAAUGAACCCGCAGAACUGCGCAAAGAAGCCGAAGAAACUCACCUCAAUUCGAAAGAAGACCUAGACGCAGAGCCGACAGUCCAACCUGCGGUCGCCAGCGAUGCGCUGCUUGAACCAGAACCCGCCAAUGUCGAAAAGAAGGUGCAAGCAACGACGUCAGAAUUGGUAGAGUCAACAGAUCAGCAUACCCAGGCGGUGGACGACGGCGGCGCCAAUAGCUCGGUACAGCAAGAUGCGCCGCGGUCUGCACAGCAACACGACAUAAGUACUUCGUCGCAGGUCACUCCGAGUGACGUGGAAGACCAGAAGAAGAGGAGAAAAAGAAGUGCUACACCGGUGCCGACCUCCGAGGAAGUGGCGCGCAAGAAAGCGCGGCUCAGUACUACCGCAGAUGACUUGAAGGCCGAAGAGAUCCGCGCCUUGGACGAAAUGAAAGCAAAUACUCAAGUAGCGAAAGAAAUUCGGAACGAAACGGACGGGAACACCGUUGAAGGCAUCAAUGAGCAAGUGAGUGCCACCACCGAGCCUCUCGUGAAGUUCAACGAGGGCGCAUCAAGAGACGCCGACCAUAUGCAGACCACAUCACCACAAAGAUCACCAGACCCCUCAGGCGAGCGAGACGUUCCGCCAGCCAUACAUCCUGCGACUUCCUCGCUCUACCUCCGCAAUUUUAAAAGACCGCUUCACAUCCCCUCUCUACGCAGCCACAUUGUAUCACUGGCCAAACCGCCAUCCUCAACUGACGACGAAGAUCCCAUCAGCAUCUUCUAUCUUGACAGCAUCCGCACCCACGCAUUUGUGUCAUUCAGUUCUGUUGCCGCAGCAUCGCGCGUCCGUACCGCAAUGCACGACACGCGUUUUCCUGACGAAGCCAUGCGAGAAUCCUUGUUCAUCGACUACAUCCCCGACGACAAGGUGCAAGCCUGGAUUGACAGCGAGACCGGCGGCGGCUUCGGUCGCGGUGGAGGUGGACGUCGGUACGAAGUGGUAUACGAGCAAGGUGGGGACGGAGUCGAGGCGAUCUUCCAGGAAAUCGACAGUAGCAAACCACGACCACCUAUCGAACCAAGCCGAAGUUCUCGUAUGUCUGUCGACAUACCAAAGGCGGCGACCAUUGCCCCUGGUGUCCAUCCUGAUCGUACAGAACUCAUACCACGCGGUCCAAGACGAGACGAGCACCAAGAUCGUGGUCGAGCUCCGCCUACUGGCCCAAAGAAUCCAGGGGUGGUGGACAACAACAGUGGCCGAGGCUUCAAAGCGCUGGACGAGCUCUUCAAGUCGACUACGACCAAACCGAAGCUGUACUACAAACCUGUCUCGGAGGCCACUGCGACCGAGAGAUCGGAUAUGUUCCGCAGCCUACGGCCGGGCUAUGCAGACAUGGGUCGCAGCGGAGCUGAAGGCAUGAAGCGCUAUUCUUUCGAACGGUACAAGGAGCGCGAGGAAUGGGUCGACAAGGGGCCAGAGUUUGGGUAUGGCAAGCUUGGCCAGGAUCGGCUCGCGGGUAUUCGUGGGAGAGGUGGCUUUAGAGGGCGAGGAGGUGAUUCGUGGCGUGGUGGAGGUGGGAGGUAGGACCUCUCGGGUCAUGCCGUGUACGACUAGUAGGCGAGAGUCAUUAAAGGCGACAUGUUGACGUUGUGGUCACCUGGAAGCUUAUCAAGCGAUGGCCAGCUAAUGAGACAACGCUUGAUGAGGCGUGGCUGCGCUGACGAUUUUGUGAGAUACCCGUCGAGGCCGUAUAAAGAAGAAAGUCAGCCAAGGACAGACAUUCUCUUGC